AUGAGCCACGGACCGAGCCCCCGGCUGGCCGAGUCCCCGCAGCUGUCCAAAGGGAGCCUCCUGACCAUCCUAGGCAGCCCGUCGCCAGAGCGCAUGGGGCCAGCAGACUCGCUGCCUCCCACGCCGCCCAGCGGCACGCCCUCCCCAGGGCCGCCCCCAGCCAUGCCGUUGCCGCCGGCACCCUCGGCGCUGCUUGCGGACGGGGACUGGGAGAGCCGCGAGGAGCUGAGGCUGCGGGAGCUGGAGGAGGCACGCGCGCGGGCAGCGCAGAUGGAGAAGACCAUGCGCUGGUGGUCGGACUGCACUGCCAACUGGCGUGAGAAGUGGAGCAAGGUGCGCGCAGAGCGCAACCGCGCGCGCGAAGAAGUGCGCCAGCUGCGCCAGCGCCUGGACGCGCUCACCAAGGAGCUGGCGGGCGCCCGCCGCGAGCGCCAGGAGGUGCAGGGCGAGUGCGAGGCGCGGGGCCGAGAGCUGGCGCGGCUCCGUGGUGCCCGAGGAGGCACUGACCCGACGCCCGAUGGACCCGAGACGGAGCCUGAGCGGGAGCACGAGCCCGUGCGCGAUGUCGGGUCAGAGAGGCCCCCGAGCAGCCAGGAGCUGGAGCUGGUGGAGAACCUGCUGAAGAGCAGACCAGAGGAGCCCGAGGGCUGCUGGGAGGCACGCAGCGUAGGGGCCGGGGGCCCACGGGGCAGCUCAGGCCGCCAGGAGCGCAGCCGGCUGCCCUGGGAGGACACGGCCGCCAUCGAGGAGGAUGCCUCCAAGUUGACGGCCCUACGGCUGCGGCUGGAUGAGUCCCAGAAGGUGCUGCUCAAGGAACGCGAGGAUAAACUGGCACUGAGCAGGAACAUUGAGAAGCUGGAGGGGGAACUCAGCCAAUGGAAGAUCAAGUAUGAGGAGCUGAGCAAGACCAAGCAGGAGAUGCUCAAGCAACUCAGCAUCCUGAAGGAGGCUCACCAGGACGAGCUGGGCCGCAUGUCCGAAGACCUGGAGGACGAGCUGGGUGCGAGGUCCAGCAUGGACAGGAAGAUGGCCGAGCUGAGGGGCGAGAUGGAGCGGCUGCAGGCAGAGAAUGCAGCCGAAUGGGGUCGCCGCGAGCGGCUGGAGACGGAGAAGCUGGGCCUGGAGCGGGAGAACAAGAAGCUGCGGGCGCAGGUCGGGGACCUGGAGGAGGCCCUGGCCCGGCGGCGGAGGCAGACAGCCAGCGCACUGGACUGCGACCUGCGGGCCAGCCAGGCUGCCCUCUUCGAGAAAAACAAGGAGCUGGCAGACCUGAAGCAUGUGCAUGGCAAGCUGAAGAAACAGUUCCAGGAGAAGGUGGCAGAGCUGGCGCAUGCCAACCGGCGGGUGGAGCAGCACGAGGCAGAGGUGAAGAAGCUGCGGCUGCGGGUGGAGGAGCUCAGGAAGGAGCUGGCCCAGGCCGAGGACGAGCUGGACGAGGCCCACAACCAGGCCCGGAAGCUGCAGCGGUCGCUGGACGAGCAGACGGAGCAGAGCGAGAACCUGCAGGUGCAGCUGGAGCAUGUGCAGUCCAGGCUUCGCAGGCAGCAGCAGAACGCCCCCCUCUUCGGGAAGAUCCGCAGUGCUCGCUUUGGCACCGAGGAAGCCGGGGAUGGCGCCAGCGACCUGGACGAGGACGAGGACCUGCAGAUCCAGGUGGCCUAGAGCUCCCGAGGCUGGCAGGACUGGCCCAAGGCCACAGGCCCCCUGGGUUACCUGGCUGACCA